AUGACUCGACUACUUCCUCCAGAAAUUUUAAACAUAGUUUUCAAAGAAAUUCAUGAUGAGAGAGAAGGAAGAUUUAGUAACCUUAGUUCUUGCGCAAGAGUUGAUAGAACUUGGUGUACAAGUGCUAUUCCAUUACUUUGGUCUGAUCCAUUCGAAACACAUGGUAGCUCUCGUGAAUGCGUUAUUAAUAUCUAUUUGGCCUUUCUUAAUACCGAAGAAUUAGGAGAAUUAAGAAAUAAUGGAGUUCCUAUUUUUGAUCUACCAAAUCAUCCAAUCUUAAACUAUCCUUCUUUUCUAAAAACUUUUAAUCAUCAAAUGAUAAAUAACGCAAUAUAUUCUUGGUGUGAAUGUUAUGGUGUUAUUGAUGAUGACAUAAUUUUGAAAUACGUACGAGGUGCAUUCAUUAAAGUUCUUUGUAAAUGUGAUACAAACUUACGUACACUUUAUUGCUCUACUGAAUUUGUUGUUGAAUACAACUUAUUACAAUCAAACUUCCAUUCUGUGAUCGCUUCUGUGAAUAAGAUGUACAUUGAUUUAAAAUAUAUUGAUAUCAAAUUUUUAUCUUACUUAUCUCAAGCUUGUCAACAAGUGAAUUAUUUGGAAAUAUAUUUUAGUUUAUUUCCACGAACUUCUCAAGAUGCCAAAAUUGAAGCUGAUAGUUUGGCUACAUUAAUACGAUAUCAAGUUCAAUUACAAAGAAUUCAUAUUUAUAGAUGUUAUCAAUAUGUUCAUCUAAUAAUUGAUGCAUUACAACAUCAAUCAGGUUCAUUAAGAGAAGUCGUAUUUCAUCAAGUUAAUUUUCAAGAUUGUGGACCUUUACAUGGUUUAGCAACUUGUAAAUAUUUAGAACAUUUAGAAAUUGGUGAAGGUUGUCAAAACCUUACUGAAGAGAUGUGUAGACCACUAUUUGAUGCAUCAUUCGUCGAUCUUCAUGUUGUAUUAUAUAAUGGAAUCAAUUAUUCUACCGAUCCUUUUAAUUUUUUUCAUUGUAAAGAACUUGUUGAAUGGGCUGAAAAGCAAUGUGGAACAAAUGAAAGAACUAUAAAACAACACGGGAUUCCAUUGAAAUGCUUAUGUACAAAUAAUGUAAAAAGACCGAGAGGCAUACACCCUCAUCAUGUUCUUGGUUUACGGAGUUAA